UGAUGUGAGAUCAUGUUGGAAGGACUGUGCUCAGUCGGUAUAGAUUCUCGUGGUUUAAAAUGGCGGCGUUGAGCAGCGCCGAGUCCCCACCGCCCGUCUUCAACGGAGACACCAUGAACCGCGAGCCGGAGCGGGACCCGGGACUGGACGAGCUGGGCGCAGGGCUCGAACCCGACUGUCCCGGAGGAGCGGCCAGCCCCGAAUGCCAACAGGACAUUCCCGAGGAGAUAUGGAACAUCAAACAGAUGAUUAAGUUAACCCAAGAGCACCUAGAAGCCCUUUUAGAUAAGUUUGGAGGAGAACACAAUCCGCCAUCUAUAUACCUGGAGGCAUAUGAAGAGUACACUAGUAAGCUGGAUGCAUUACAGCAGCGGGAACAGCAGCUUUUGGAGGCCAUUGGGAACGGAACAGAGUUUUGCUCCUCGCCCACACCCAUCCUGCUGGAUGUGAAGGGACCGGGCACCCAGAGCGCCCCUGCCACCCCAAACACCUUAGCUGUCCUGCAGACCCCUACAGACGCAACACGAGGGAAUCCCCGCUCACCCCAGAAACCCAUCGUAAGGGUUUUCCUGCCCAACAAACAGAGGACAGUGGUUCCAGCUCGUUGUGGGAUGACUGUGAGAGACUCCUUAAAGAAGGCUCUAAUGAUGCGAGGCCUGAUCCCAGAAUGCUGUGCGGUUUACAGGGUUCAGGAUGGGGAGAAGAAGCCCAUUGGCUGGGACACAGACAUUUCCUGGUUGACGGGGGAGGAGCUCCAUGUUGAGGUUUUAGAGAAUGUGCCACUGACGACCCAUAAUUUUGUGCGAAAAACCUUCUUCACGCUGGCCUUCUGUGACUUUUGCCGGAAGCUGCUGUUUCAGGGCUUCCGCUGCCAGACGUGUGGCUACAAGUUCCACCAGCGCUGCAGCACAGAGGUCCCGCUCAUGUGUGUCAACUACGAUCAGCUGGAUUUACUGCUGGCAUCAAAAUUUCUAGUGCACCACCCCUUUACCCAGGAGGAGGCGUCAUCCGAGGGCACGACACCCGUGUCAGAGAUGUGCCCCUCCCUCCCUCCAUCCGAAUCCACUGGAUCUCUGUGCCAUCCUACUGUGUCCCCAUCCAAAUCCAUCCCUAUCCCACAGUCCUUUAGACCUGGAGAGGAGGACCACCGCAACCAGUUUGGCCAGAGGGAUCGCUCAUCCUCAGCCCCUAACGUCCAUAUCAACACCAUCGAGCCCGUCAACAUUGAUGAUUUGAUCCGUGAUCAAGGCUUACCGAGGUCAGAUGGAGCCCCCUCGCAACACCCAGCCCGCUGCUUGAGGAAGAACCGAACACGGACCUCAAGCCCCCUUCUGUCCUCCCACCCCAAUGACAUUGUCUUUGAUUUUGAGCCUGAGCCAGUAUUCAGAGGCACCACAGCAGGCCUGUCGGCCACACCUCCUGCCUCCCUGCCUGGUUCCCUGCCCAAUGUGAAGGUGUCGAAAUCACCCUGCCAACCGAGAGAGCGGAAGCCAUCGUCUUCAUCUGAGGACCGCAAUAAAAUGAAAACCCUGGGUCGACGGGACUCGAGCGAUGAUUGGGAGAUCCCAGAAGGUCAGAUCACCCUGGGACAGCGGAUAGGAUCUGGCUCUUUUGGAACAGUCUACAAGGGGAAGUGGCACGGUGAUGUGGCGGUAAAGAUGUUGAAUGUCACAGCCCCCACUCCACAGCAGCUACAGGCCUUCAAGAAUGAAGUGGGUGUCCUCAGGAAAACCCGCCACGUGAAUAUCCUGCUCUUCAUGGGCUACACCACCAAACCCCAGCUGGCUAUAGUUACACAGUGGUGUGAAGGCUCGAGUCUCUACCACCACCUGCACAUCAUCGAGACCAAGUUUGAGAUGAUCAAGCUGAUUGACAUCGCCCGUCAGACAGCUCAGGGCAUGGACUAUCUGCACGCUAAGUCCAUCAUCCAUAGAGAUCUGAAGAGUAACAAUAUUUUUUUGCAUGAGGACCUAACAGUAAAGAUUGGUGAUUUCGGUCUGGCUACAGUGAAAUCCCGCUGGAGUGGCUCACACCAGUUUGAGCAGCUUUCUGGCUCUAUCUUGUGGAUGGCUCCAGAGGUAAUCAGACUGCAGGAUAAAAACCCAUACAGUUUCCAGUCAGAUGUCUACGCGUUUGGUAUUGUGCUCUACGAGCUCAUGUCAGGGGCUCUGCCUUAUUCUAACAUCAACAACAGAGACCAGAUUAUCUUCAUGGUUGGCCGGGGUUACCUGUCUCCUGACCUGAGCAAAGUGCGCAGUAAUUGUCCCAAGGCCAUGAAGAGACUUAUGGCAGAUUGUCUGAAGAAAAAGCGAGAGGAGAGACCUCUUUUCCCUCAGAUCCUGGCCUCGAUUGAGUUAUUGGCACGCUCUCUGCCCAAGAUCCACCGCAGCGCUUCUGAACCGUCCCUUAACCGUGCUGGAUUCCAGACAGAGGACUUCAGCCUGUACGCCUGCGCUUCCCCCAAGACGCCCAUUCAGGCUGGUGGCUAUGGUGAAUUCUCAGCAUUUAAAUAGUGCUGCAAAUCCUAAAACUCCAUCCCUUGUCAGUUUUUACGACGUCUUGUGUUCCUACGGUGGGUUCAUCCAUAACAACACAGAAAAGGACUAGUUUUCAAAGAAUGUGCCGUUUUUCUUCCUCUUUACCUGAAGAGCUACGGCCUCAACAGAGUUGCUUUAAAAUAAAAUGAUCUCUGCAGGGUGUCAUUGCUGAUUUUACAAAAAUGUCAUAAACAUCACAUAGGACAACGCGAUAAAAAAUGACUAAUGUGAGAAACCAACAGCUGGUCACUGGAAAGAAAAAGGCCAACAAACCCAGACAGAUUGUGGCAGGGGAUAAAAACCUUUCCCCAAGAAGAUAAAUGGGUUUGGGAUGAAUGAUAUCAGGAGCACAAGCCCCGCCUUUGCUCCGCCCCUGGAGGGGAAAAACACACAGCACUGGCCAAUCAGAGAACAGCGUCCAGUGGCAUGGAAUGAUGGGAAAAUUGGCAUAAGAGAGAGGACGUAAGUCGCAGUCGUGGAAAGGUGCUGAAUGUCAGUAGAUAACUUGAAUGAUAUUUAGAAAUGUUUUUUCUCUUACAAUGAGUUUGUUCCGUGAUGUCGCCCGUGGCUGGAGUUACUAAUAAUAUAGAUUUCUUUUGUCUUCAGCAAUUUUUUCCCCCUCAAGGGUCAUAUGUUGUAGAUAAGCAUACCUUUUUUUCUGUUACAGAUAUAGUUUGUGAACAGGGGUAAAUGAAGCAACCAUCAAAAGACCUCUUUAUUUUGUUUUUUGCAUUUGACAUCCCCACUAAUGUCCCACGCAAAGGCGCCUGGGUAAAGUCAAAGGUCAUAUUAUUUAAAGUUUCUUGUAGAAAAACCCACUGUAUAAAGCAAACACGAAGCCUUGCUAUGGAGUUACAAUGUGGGCGUAUUUCAGAUGUAUUUCUGUACUUUUCACUACAACUUUACUCUUAACUGUUGUUAUUAGAAGCCAUUCCUUUGAGGCCAUAACAGUUUACAUUUUUUUUUUGGAUCCAUCAUGUGACAACUCUUUGGACCUUGCACCGCUGGAUUCAUUCCAGUAUGUUUGUUCACGGGUCAUAGGUUUUUUUUAAGUUUAAGUUUCAUAUAGUUUUUCUUGUGUUAUAGACAGGCAGGCCUGCAAAGUUACAUUAAUUUAUAUUGCUUUAAUUUUAUUACUUUUUGUUCGGUGUUGUUUCAAACUAUCGGAGAGGUUGU